AUGCCUCGACUUAAAGGCAUUGGUUCAUCAGGAACCGAAAUCGUUGAUGUUGUCCAGCACUUUAUACCUCGGGCUGGCCUUUUAACUGGUGCCAAAGCAAAAGCUUUUUUUCGCUGCCACUCUGCACUUACCUAUUUGCGUCAAAUCAGCACUUCCACGACUUCUCCUUCCUCAGCUUCUCCUUCCUCCUGCUCUCCAUUCUUCCUCUGCGUCACCGGUUCCUCCACCACUUCCACGGCUCGCCGCACCACCAUGUGCUCCCAGUGCUCACCUCUGUCACUGCUUCCUCUGCCUCCGACACUGCUGCCUCUGUCGGGAAUAGGGUUUCAUCCACCGCUCCAGAUCGCGACCUCUGCGUCGCGGGUUCCUCCACCACUUCCACGGCUCGCCGUGCCACCCUUGUGCUGCCAGUGCUCACCUCCAUCAUUGCUGCCUCUGCCUCCGACACUGCUGCCUCUGCCGGAAAUAGGGUUUCAUCCACCGCUCCAGAUCGCGAAGCCCAAAUCGCAAAGCCCUAAACCUCGCGAGUUCGUCUCCUCCGCCUCGGCCACCAUCGGCGUUUCUCCCCCAACGGUGAGUGGGUCGCCUCCGCCUCGGCCACCAUCGCGCGUUUCUCCCCCAACAGCGAGUGGGUCGCCUCCGCCUCCGGUACCGUCACGAUCUGGGGCACGCGAAACGACCUUCAGUCCCGACGGCCUCCGCGAAACUUCUCUUUUGUUGAUGAUGUCUUUUGUUGACGUUGUAUACUGUGCAAUGAAAGUGGGAUGA